CGUCACCAAAUUUAUCUGAAGAUAUCAGCAGGAGCCAUUUUAUUCCGCGAAUGAAACUUCCGAUUUCCUAAAAAACACAAGACAUUCUCCUCGACAUCAAUGGCAGUGUGUCGUUGAAUCGAAUGAUAAACCUUUUCAUACGGCAAUGCGAAGGAAUUGGGUCUGUCUCCAUGGCUUAGUGUGCUGUAGCAGCUGGACCCAGGCAGAAGUCUCUCUUCUCCUUCACCCCUUCUUCCAGCGGUGAGAUCAUCGUGACAUCACACCAGGACGGUAACUGCCCCUGCUGGUUACUAGGGAGUCCCCUGACCCCCCCCCUGUGGAGAUGGAGCCCCAGGGGCUGCCCAGAGCAGAGGGGGAUUAUGAGAUGUUGGGUCUGCUGGUGCCCAGUCCCCAGAGUGAGGCGGUCACCCAUGAGCUGGAGGAGCUGACCCUACAGCCCAGCAACAACCUGCCCCCCCUCAACGAACGCAAGAACGUCCUUCAGCUGAGGCUACAGCAGAGACGUACCCGUGAGCAGCUGGUAGACCAGGGCAUCAUGCCUCCUCUAAAGAGCCCAGCGGCGUUUCAUGAGCAGAUACGCAGCCUGGAGAGAGCCAGGACUGAAAACUUCCUGAAACACAAGAUCCGCAGCCGACCAGAGAGAUCUGAACUGGUCAGAAUGCACAUCCUCAAGGAGACUGGGGCAGAGCCCUCCCUGCAGGCCACCCAGAUGAAGCUGAAGAGGGCCAGGCUGGCUGACGACCUGAAUGAGAAGCUGGCCCAGCGCCCCGGCCCCAUGGAACUGGUAGAAAAGAACAUUCUGCCUGUAGAACCCAGCGUCAAGGAGGCCAUCAUUGUAAACUACCCCAAAGCGCUGGACACGUACGGGUUUGAGGAGGACAGCGGGGACGCCCUGUCUCCAGAGCAGCCGGCCAGCCAUGAGUCCAAGGCCUCCACACCCUCCCCUGGGGAACCUCGGGCCCUGGAGGCCCCCUGCCCACCACCGCUGCCCACAAUCACCAACAACCACACAAUCCUACAGCCCUUUCCUGUUGUCACCCAGGCAACAGCAGACUUCCUCAAAGCUCUCUCCACCAAAGAGCUGCCAGUCAGUCGCCCAGCACCCGCGUCUCAGCCUAUCAUCACUGUCGUUCCUUCAAAGCCAGGGCCCACCCUAGUGAAACAGAGCCAGCCCAAACAGCCGGGAGAGAGGAAUCGCAGUAAGAAGGGCAAGGAGCCAAAGCCCCGGGUCAAGAAGUUAAAGUACCACCAGUAUGUCCCCCCAGACCAGAAACAGGAGGCCAGCGAUGCCCCCAUGGACUCAUCCUACGCCAAGAUCCUCCACCAGCAGCAGCUCUUCCUCCAGCUGCAGAUCCUCAACCAGCAGCAGCAGCAACACUACAACUACCACACCAUCCUCCCAGCACCCUUAAAGCCUGUAGCUGAGGGUCAGAACAGCAGUGUGAGCGGCCUGCCAACCUCUAUAGUGCUGUCCCUACCUCCUGCCGCCCAUGUCACUGUCCCUCCUUCCACCCCUGUCCGUCCCAACAGCCUGUCCAACCGCAAGCCUGGCCACCUGCCUCCUAACCUGGAGGACAUGAAGGUGGCCGAGUUGAAACUGGAGCUGAAAUUGCGAAGCCUCCCUGUCUCAGGGACCAAGACUGAUCUCAUCGAGAGGCUGAAGCCCUACCAGGAGAGUCCCAGCACCCCGGUCCCAACCCCCGGUCCUAAAACCCUCCCCUCCUCAGUUCCCAUAGAGGUUGGCUCAUCCCCUGCACUUCUUCUACCUGCCCACCAGGUGGCACCAGAGAGCAUGAGCGCCACAGCCCCAGUGUCCCCAAUCCCCACAGACCUCGCCACCUUCAGAGACGACGGAGGGAUGCCCAGGGUAUCCAAGCUCCUUUGCGACCCCCAGAGGGUGAGCCUCUGUCGGACAGGUGCGGGGAUGUCCCACCUUGGGCCGGGUGUUGUCCCGGAGGAGAAAGACCGACGGCUCCACGAGAAGGAACGUCAGAUCGAGGAGCUGAUGAGGAAGCUGGAGCAGGAGCAGAGGCUGGUGGAGGAGCUCAAGAUGCAGCUGGGGGUGGAGAAGAAGACCCAGCCCCUCCAGGAACCCUCCUCAGACCCCGUCCCCAUGAUCCAGACCGCCAACGCAGUCAAAAUGGAAGGCAGGGUCCUUCCUAACUGCUCAGCCAUGAUUAACUCAACCCUGGCCCCACAGACUCUCCCCACUGUGGUGAAGGUAGAGGAUGUCAUUUGUAACUCCAGACCCCAUUCCCAGCCCAAUCCGGCCCCCAGUCUGCCCCAGUUCUUCAUCAGCCACCAGGGGAGAGUGUCCCAGGUUCUAGGCCAGCCUGUUUCCCAGACCCUACUGACGGCCCAGGAUGGCUCUACUCAGAUCCUCCUUCCUGUCCUCCAGGCUACGUUGUCAAAUCAAGCCCCAGGUUUGAUGCAAGCCUCCAUCUCCCAGCUGCAUACCACCAAGAUGGAGACAGCCUCCACUCAGCAGAUAACUAAUCACAACCACAUUUUGCAGACUCUUACGGUUUGUAAUGGGUCUGGGAUGGUGGAGAACCAGACUAUGCCCGACAUGCCUCCCCAGUGUUUCCUGAGCAGCUCCCCAGAUAACAGGCUCUCUCCCCGUGGGGCUUCACCCAGCCACAACCUUUCCGAUGGGCCUGUUAACAAGUCUCCAUCCCAGCCCGCCUUCAUCCUCCACCCCUCCUCCCUCGUUACCCAGCCCCCCAAGAACAGGGACCCCCCCCGCUACGAGGAUGCCGUUAAACAGACCCGCAACCUGCAGCAGGCCAACAACCUCACACAGGUUUCCACGGCAACCAGCCAGCAGAUGGACGACCUGUUUGACAUCCUGAUUCAGAGUGGAGAGAUCACUCCAUUCAUCCAGCAGGACCUGCCUUCUCUAAGCACUAAGACUGUCCCUGUCACAGCCAACAUCACUACCCUCCCUGUCAACACCGCCCUGUCCAGAACCCCUCCACAGAUCCAGGUAGCUCCCCCUCCCACCCCUCCCUUCGACCCCCUGCCCCUCCCCAGCCUGGCCUCCGACAACCAGCUGGAGGCCUUCCUGGAGGGGACUCUGAACAACCCGUCCCCAACCAUGGACCCCCGCACCCUGGGUCUGAUCGAGGAGUUGCAGUCCCAGCUCCUGGAUCAACCCUACUCCCCCAUGGACACCUCAGAGCUGUCCUUCUGCGACUCCACGUCUCCCCCUUCCUCCCUCAACAUGGGCUUGUCCGACACAGUCCUGGACAACAUGGAGUGGCUGGAUCUAACCAUGCCGUCCGACCCCGCGGGGGGGCUCACACCCCUGGGGAUUCCUUCAGACUUCCUGGAUACACACGACCUGCAGCUGCACUGGGACUGAGGGAGAAGGGGAUAGAUGGAGUGAGGAAGGAAGGAAGAGGAUUGUUGUAGGGAUAGAGGCACUCAAGGUAACAAAUGCAGACCUGGUAGGUGAGGUUAGUCCUCCUUGUGUAUUUAAAACAUAACAAAAAAAUAAAAAUGUUCUUCCAUAUAAUAAGAUUAGCCAGCUGGUGAUCGGGGCAUUGGAUGUUUCAUAGGAGUACUGGGACCAGAGCCAAAUGAACAAGGAGGCAGACGGUAUGUAAAUAUCCUGUAAAUGACAGUUAUUUGAACCAGAACAAGGUUAGAUGUUCACUCAGACCUGCUGGAGUUUUUAUUGAAUUGGGCAAAGCUUUCACUAUACGACACAUGGCAGUCAGCCUUACGCUGUUCAGCUUUCCUUGCAGUGAACACGUGGAUGUGUUAACUUAGCAUGCGUUUCACAUCGGUCAUGCUACAGGGUCUGGAUCUACAGCCAUUGCUCUGUGGAAGCAUGCUGCUGUGCCAUACAGUCUGAGAAUGUGGUUUGUUUGUUACAGAUCUGUUGUGCACAAGCCACGACAAACCGCAUAACUGACAUAAGUAAAACUGACAAGAGUACAAGGCUGUUUUACACUGGUCUUUUUUUGCGACAUACCUAUAUUUGGUAUUGUGACAUGGCUACAUAUUGUAUUCGAUGAGACUGUUUUUUUCCUGAACAAAACAGACGCUAUGGUCAGUUGGACUAUUUAAGCAAUGAACUGAACUGACACUGAGAACAAAGACUCACUCCUAUUGGAUGAGGAGGAGUGGACUCCUCCCACUCUGAGCUAUGCACUAAGGAGGUGGGCCUUACACCUGCACCUCACACAAGGAAAUCUGAAUCACAAGAUUUUAAUGAGCCGUUUAUUGAAAAAAAUGUCAAUCCACGUGUUGGUUAUCUUUGUGUACUUUCAAUUCAAGGAUUCCAAGUUGAUCCGUCUGAAUGAAAGUGGAAAGUUUACAUUGUUGGCAGCUUUAUCUUCUGAAAGACAACUGAUGUAUUAGUGGCAAGGGAACAAUUAUGCUAUCACACAGGUACACUACAUAGAGGUUAAUGUGUGUAUACUUACUGUAUGCUAGCCUGGUCCCAAGUCUGUCUGUGCUCUUGCCAACUCCAUUGCCAAGCAUGUUUGACAUGACAAUGAGUGACAAGAAGUUGGCAUGAUAGUCUGAGUGCCAGUUGUUUUGUAUGCUACAAGUGUUUGUGACAUGUUUUAAUGUGGCUGCAUGACCUCUGGCAGAAAGAGGUGCUAGACUGUAAUCUUCUCUGUCUGUCCUGAAAACUGUCUGUCAAAUCUCUGCAUGUGUCUCAGUCUCUCACUGUGUGUCUGUGGUUCUGUCUGUCAAAUCUCUGCAUGUCUCUGUCUGCAUGUGUGUCUAUGUGUGCCCUUUCUGUAUGUCUCUGUGUUGUUGAAUGCACGUUUUAAACAAUGUCUGAUAUCGGGCUAUAUUUGUCUCUGUCACGGAGUUGGCUGCAACUCACUUAAGUCGUCUUUUUUUUUAUGAAGUUGGACGUUCAUAAGACAAAUGAACAACUUUUAUAGGCUGAGUUUUUUUUUAAAGGUUCGUCUCACAGAACAGCUUUGUAUGACUGUUCCAUCUGUCCUGUUUGGUUUGUGUUAUGUGGUAAAACACACAGUAAACACCCACAGUGGUGUGACCAACAGAGUUAAACUAAAAGGGAUGACAUUAAGCUUCUGGUAUAGCUACCAUUUUGUGGAUGAAUUUGAUGAUGAUGUUUAUGCGUAUAAUACCUUUUUAAAUUUGCAUUGUGUAGUUCUACCUGGCAUAUCAUGUCAAACGAGUUUAGUAGUAUUCAGCAUCUCAAUCCAAAUAUUAUUAUGAUCAAUAUUGUAUAGAACUAAUACGGUUGUACUGUGCAGCACUUUGGGAUAUCAUGGCUUUAUUUUUAUGUUUGAACAAUCAUUCUUAUCCAACAAGUCCAACACUAAGGAUAACCUGUAGGCAGGUAAUAAUGCCAAAUACUGUACUGUUACCAUUAGGAACCAGAUUCUUGUAACUGUGGUUUAGGGCUAUCAAGGAAUUAUUUGUUUUUCAAUUGUUGCCUAAUAAGGACAGUGAAACAUUGGGGAAUAUCUAUUGUUGCCACUUUUUUUUUAAAUUGUAUUUAUCACAUUUUUGUGUUUUAAAAUCGAUUGUUUUUUCUGUAUAUAUGCAAGAGGAAGAUUACUGUAAAUGUUUUUUACCACCCAUAACAGAAAUAUAUGGCCAAAUGCAUCUAUACAUGGGUAUGUUGUAAAAUAUGAUGGUUGGAUUCUAAAACAUUUUGAAUCAUAUCAAACCUGUGUACUACUACUGUUAAUAGGAUGUUAGUGAAGCAAUAAGGCCAUAGCCUUGCACUUACAGUACUGGUGCAUUUGUGUUGUCACUAUCUUAUAACAAGAUGUCAUCAUGUUAAUUAUUGCAAGCAAAUAUUGAUUUGGGCCUUACCUAAUUCUGUGUCUUCUGUAUGGUACUGUCUCCCGUUCAACCCUGGUUCUUUGUCUGAAAUUACACUGAACAAAAGUAUAAAUGCAACAUGCAACAUUUUCAAAGAUUUUACUGAGGUACAGUUCAUAUAAGGAAAUCAGUCAAUUGAAAUAAAUAAAUUAGGCCCUCAUCUAUGGAUUUCACAUGACUGGGAAUACAGAUAUGCAUCUGUUGGUCAUAGAUACCUUUAAAAAAUCAAAUACAGGCGUGGAUCAGAAAACCAGUCAGUAUCUGGUGUAACCACCAUUUUGCCAAAGGCAGUGCAACACAUUUCCUUCACAAAGAGUUGAUCAGGCUGUUUGUGGCAUGUUGUCCCACUCCUCUGGAUAUUAGUGGGAACUGGAACAUGCUGUCAUACACGUCGAUCCAGACUAUCCCAAACAUGCUCAAUGGGUGACCUGUCUGAGUAUGGCACAUUUCUGGAAUAUCACUUCCAGAAAUUGUGUACAGAUCUUUCUGACAGGGGCUGUGUAUUUUCAUGCUGAAACAUGAGGUGAUGGAGGCAGAUGAAUGGCACGACAAUGAGCCGCAGGAUCUCUGUGCAUUCAAAUUGCAAUCAAUAAAAUGCAAUUGUGAUCGUUGUCCAUAGCUUAUGCCUGCCCAUACCAUAACCCCACCGCCACCAUGGGGCACUCUGUUCACAAUGUUGACGUCAGAAAACCUCUCGCCCACACAUCUGCCAUCUACCCGGUACAGUUGAAACCGUGAUUCAACCAUGAAUAGCACACUUUUCCAGUGUGCCAGUGGCCAUCGAGGGUGCGCAUUUGCCCACUGCAGUCUUUUACGACCCCCGAACUGCAGUCAGGUCAAGACUCAGAGGACGACGAGCACGCCGAUGAGCUUCCCUGAGGCGAUUUAUGACCGUUUGUUCAGAAAUGAUUCGGUUGUUCAGACGCACAAUUUCUUCAGCUGUCCGGUUGGCUGGUCUCAGACGGUUACGCAGGUGAAGAAGCCGGAUGUGGAGGUCCUGGGCUGGCGUGGUUACACCUGGUCUGUGCUUGUGAGGCCGUUUGGACAUACUGCCAAAUUCUCUAAAAUGACGUUUAGGCUGCUUAUGGUAGAGAAAUGAACGUUCCAUUCUCUGACAACAGCCCUGGUGGACAUUCCAGUAGUCAGCAUGCCAAUUGCACACUCCCUCAAAACUUGACUGCAAAUUUCAGAGUGGACUUUUAUUGUCCCCAGCACAAGAUGCACCUAUGUAAUGUUCAUGCUGUUUAUUCAGCUUCUUGAUAUGCCACACCUGUCAGGUGGAUGGAUUAUCUUGGCAAAGGAGAAAUGCUCACUAACACAACAUUUGAGAGAAAUAAGCUUUUUGUGUGUAUGGAACAUUUCUAGGAUAUUUUAUCUCAGCUCAUGAAACAUGGGACCAACAUUUUAUAUGUUGCGUUUUAUAUUUUUGUUCAGUGUAGUAGACAUCUGCCACUCACCCACACGCACUGUCAAGUCUCUGUCAUCAUCUGUACGCCAUACAUACAUUUUGCACAUUGUGUACACAGUUAUGUCAUGCAUAUUUUUAUACAAGUGUAGCACAUCCAUUAUACAAGUGUAGCACAUCCAUCUAUUUUGUAAAUAAUAUGAAAAAAUGUAUGUACUGAAUGCCUUUUGUGUCAAUAAAAUGUGGUGCAUUGUGAAA